AUGAGGAUUUUUAGACCUUGGAGACUGCGCUGCCCUGCCUUGCACCUACCCUCACUCCCUUCAUUUUCCAUCAAGUGCAGUUUGCCCUCCCUUGCGCCAGACGAGACCAUGUGUAAAAGCGUAACCACGGGCGAAUGGAAGAAAGUCUUCUAUGAGAAAAUGGAGGAGGUAAAGCCAGCGGACAGCUGGGACCUCAUCAUAGAUCCCAACCUCAAGCACAAUGUGCUGGCCCCAGGCUGGAAGCAGUAUCUGGAGUUGCAUGCAUCAGGCAGGUUCCACUGCUCCUGGUGCUGGCACACCUGGCAGUCGCCCCAUGUGGUCAUCCUCUUCCACUUUUUCUUGGAUCGUGCCCAGCGGGCGGGCUCGGUGCGGAUGCGAGUCUUCAAGCAGCUGUGCUACGAGUGUGGCACUGCCCGGCUGGACGAGUCGAGCAUGCUGGAGGAGAACAUCGAGAGCCUGGUGGAGAACCUCAUCACCAGCCUUCGCGAGCAGUGCUACGGGGAGCGGGGAGGCCACUACCGCAUCCAUGUGGCCAGCCGCCAAGAUACGCGGCGGCACCGGGGCGAGUUCUGCGAGGCCUGCCAGGAGGGCAUCGUGCACUGGAAGCCCAGCGAGAAGCUGCUGGAGGAGGAGGCGACCACCUACACCUUCACCCGGGCCCCCAGCCCCAGCAAGCCGCAGGCCGAGACGGGUUCUGGCUGCAACUUCUGCACUAUCCCCUGGUGCUUGUUUUGGGCCACAGUCCUGCUGUUGAUCAUCUACCUGCAGUUUUCUUUCCGCAGUUCUGUCUAA